CCUAUGCGGCUCCAACCGAACCAAACCCACCGUCCGUCCCGUCCGUGCACCGUGGCCAUCUGACCGAACCAGUUCCCGUGCGGGCGGCGCGGCGCAGGGUUAGGUUGCGACCGGCGGCGGCGAUCGGAGAUCAGAUGUCGCAGAAGCGGCAGCCGGAGGAGCGCGAGCGGCCGCGGUGGGGGGGCUGCGGCGGAGGCCCGGCCGAGUCCGGCGGGAGCUCCUCCCCCGCCGACCCCAAGCGGCAGCGGGUCCCCGCCCUCCGCGAGGUCAUCACGGAGGUGAUGCGGAAGAGCAGCAUCGAGAAGCUCUUCUCGUCGAUCGAGCCCCUCAUCCGGAGAGUGGUUAAAGAAGAAAUUGAGUUGGCCCUCGCAAAUCAUGCCGCUAUGAUGACAAGAAGUCCCACGUACACUGUUCCAUCUACAUCGAAAAAUCUGCAGCUCCAAUUCACGACUAGGCUUUCUCUUCCAAUUUUCACUGGCUCCAAGGUUGAAGGCGAGGGUACCUUAAGUAUUGCUCUAGUCGACACUUUGACCAGAGAAGUUGUAGUGAUGGGUACGGAGUCCCUGUUGAAGGUUGAAAUAGUAGUUCUAGAGGGUGACUUUGAGGACGGAGAAGGCAAUGACUGGACAGCUCAGGAGUUCAAUAAUAACAUCGUUAAAGAAAGACAAGGUAAACGGCCCUUGCUUUCUGGAGACGUGUUUGUUGGCCUUGAUAAAGGCAUUGGUACAGUGGGAGAUGUAGCAUUCACAGAUAACUCCAGCUGGACACGCAGCCGAAAGUUCAGGUUAGGUGCAAGAACUGAGGAUGGUUGUUAUAAUGGCGUAAGAGUACGGGAAGCAAAAACUGAAUCAUUUGUGGUAAAGGAUCAUCGUGGAGAAUUGUACAAGAAGCAUCACCCACCAGUUCUUGAAGAUGAGGUUUGGAGACUGGAGAAGAUUGGCAAGGAAGGAGCUUUUCACAAGCGUUUGAAUAAGGAGAAGAUAGUUACAGUCAAAGAUUUUCUCACUUUAUUGCAUCUUGAUGCUCCUAGGCUCCGGAAGAUAUUGGGCACUGGCAUGUCAACUAAGAUGUGGGAGGUUACUAUUGAGCAUGCAAAAACAACAUGUAUUCUCAGUGACAAGGUGCAUAUUUACUAUCUAGAAAGCCCAAGCAAAACUGCUGUUGUGUUCAAUGCUGUAGGGGAAGUGAGAGGGUUAAUAUCUGAGAAGUUUGUUUCUGUUGAUGAUCUGACAGAAAAGGAGAAGGCUGAAGCAAAUGCAGCUGUUAAACAAGCAUUUGAAGACUGGAAGAAUGUCUCGACCUGCGACAAUGAAACACUUUUGGAGAAUCCGUCACAGCUCCUCAAUAUGAGAUCCUCAUCUUUGUGUGAAAACGAAUUUUUCCAGUUACCUGCACAAGUUGCCGCUGAUGAUUUUGAUUUAAGCCACUUGGACAUACCAUCAGGCGACAUUUUCUCUGUCGAACCAUUGUGUGCCUUGGAUCCUUGUGCGGUGGGAGUUGUAGAGAGCAGUGAAAAUAGAUUUCAGCCUGAGCUUCCCCCACUUGGUGGCCAUGGACAGCCUCAAGAAUCACUCGCUUUAGACAAGUUCUCGAAUUCAUUGGUUUUUGAGGAGAGCACCAGUCACGCCUCGUUCAACGAAGAGGACUAUUAUUGCCGUCCAGGUCCAGACCCCCCGGUAUCCUUUGACACACAAGAUCUUGGGGCUGCGCUGAAGGGCUUCAUUGCGACGAUAUCAAAGCCAAAGCCAUAUAGAGGAUGGAGGACAUUGUCCUAUGUUAUAGGAUGGAUAUUCUACACCAAGAGGAUGGCCGCUCAGAAGAGGAAGAAACCCGGGAAAUGAUGAUUUCCAUUUGCCUGUGGUUGAUUAGUUAAAAAAUUGUGAGAUAUAGAAGUGGACGAAAGGAAAGCAUGUACAAAUGAGUGGUUGGUUACCUUUUGGAUCUUUUAUUUUUGGUCGCAUGUUUUGCUGGUGUUCUCAAGCCGUUUUAUCUGCGAGAGUGACACCUGUAAAUAAUCUGAUGAUUGUUUUGCUGGUGUCUUGAGCCGUUUUAUCAGCAAGAGUUCGCCUGUAAAUAAUCAGAUGAAGCUCUGUACAGUACAUAAAUCCGUAAAUAUGAAUGGUGGUGCCUAUCA